CAGACAUUCUUUCUCAAGUAAAAAAAAAUUGUCUUCUUUUCUAACCAAUUUUCUACUUACCUCAAAAAUUUCUAUCUGAUUUUCUCACACUUUCUGAAUAAAAAAACCCUAGUUUCACCGCUUAUAUAUAAAUCUUUUCUACCCCUUUUCUGAUUCGCACAGAAUUGAAUUUUCAAUUUGUUGAUUGUUCAGCUGCAGUUAGUUUACAAAAUUUCAAACCCUGAUUUCUAAAUUCAAAUGAAAGAGCUGUAAAUCUCAAAAUUAUCGGUUCAAUGUCAGUAGAGAGGUCGUUUGAAGCAUGGGAGGAGGUCCAGCGCCACGGUCAAGACCUGGCGGACCGGUUGGCUCAAGGUUUCACUGGUCUAAUUCAAUCUCACAUGACGAAUCCGCCGUCGUUUUCGUGGCCAAACCCGACAAAAUCGAAACAUUUCGAUUUAGAGUUCCCGCUUGCGAGUUCCACCAAAAGGGAUUUCGCUAUUUCGGUCGGCAAACCCGAGAUUAACGGCGUUUCGGCGAUUUUUGAUAUUGGUAACAGGAUUGGGCAGGCUGGGGCUGACUUUGGGGCGUGUUUGAAUGGAUUGGUUCAUCAAUUCUACAGACAGUUGCCUGUGCCUUUUAAGCAUGAAGAGAGUGGGAUUAGACUGGAGUUGAAUGGGAUUGAUAGUGGUUUGAAGAGAAAUGAUGUGGGGUUGAGUGUUGGGGAGAGUUUUGGUGUUAGAGAAAGAGAAAGAGAGAGAUUGAGGGGUGUUGGGGCUGUUGAGAAUGAUGGUGGUAAUGAUUUGGAUGAAGAAAUGGGUGGGCUUGAUUUGCGGUCAGCCGCGCAUCUCGGUAGGCCACAGGGGAUCAUAAAUAUUUCGUCAACUUAUGACAGUCGAACACAUGGCUUGGAAAGUUCUCUCGUUGCAAGGGGAGAUUUAUGGAGAAUAGAGGCAUCAAAUGACAGUUCCACAUCAGGGAACGACAAUUCAUCUCUUUUCCUUGUUCAGCUUGGACCAGUACUCUUUGUUCGUGAUUCAACGCUUCUUUUGCCUGUUCAUUUGUCAAAGCAACACUUGCUUUGGUAUGGAUAUGACAGGAAGAAUGGAAUGCAUUCUCUUUGUCCAGCUGUGUGGUCAAAGCAUAGAAGGUGGCUGUUGAUGUCCAUGUUCUGUCUAAAUCCUUUUGCUUGUUCGUUUGUGGAUUUGCAGUUUCCUAAUGGACAGUUAACUUAUGUAUCCGGCGAGGGUCUAACGACUAGUGCUUUUCUACCACUUUGUGGAGGCCUUCUCCAAGCACAGGGUCAAUUUCCUGGAGAAAUGAGAUUUAGCUUCUCGUGCAAGAAUAAGUGGGGAACACGUAUCACACCAAUGGUCCAAUGGCCUGACAAGUCGUUUACGUUGGGUCUUGCACAAGCUUUGGCUUGGCAGAGGUCUGGUCUUAUAGUGCGGCCAACUAUCCAGUUCAGUUUAUGCCCCACGUUUGGUGGAAGCAAUCCUGGGUUGCGAGCAGAACUUAUUCAUUCCUUGAAGGAGGAACUGAACCUUAUCUAUGGCUACACAUGCAUGACACAUCCUUCUGCAUUUGCCUCAAUUUCGAUUGGUAGGUCUAAAUGGAAUGGAAAUGUUGGAAGCUCAGGGAUAGUGAUGAGAGUUGAUGCUCCUCUUUCACGUGUUGGCCGACCUUCUUGCUCCGUCCAGAUAAAUAGUGGCAUCGAAUUUUGAUUCUUUUUUUUUUUUUUUUUUUCUGUCACCCACAUAAAAAGUGUAUAUAGUCAUGGGCUCAUUAACAAACAACUACUACAUAUGAAUAUGCAAAUAAUAUUAUUGAUCCAUAA